UCUGGGAGAGACAGUGAUGUGUCCGGCGGAGCAGCAGGAGGCUCGAGAUAUUCACUAACUUUUAAUUCCACAAAUUCUCUUUGGUUUUCAAAAUGAUGCGUUUUCUGCUGCUCUUCAGUCGCCAAGGGAAGCUCCGGCUGCAGAAGUGGUUCCUGCCCCUGGCUGAGCGAGAGAAGAAGAAGAUCAUACGUGACAUGACCACCAUGGUGCUGGCACGAAAACCACGCACGUGUAACUUCCUGCACUGGAGAGAUCUGAAAAUUGUCUAUAAGAGGUAUGCCAGUCUGUAUUUCUGCUGUGGUUUGGAGGACCAGGACAAUGAGCUGCUAGCUUUGGAAGUGCUGCAUCGAUAUGUUGAACUGCUUGAUAAGUACUUUGGCAAUGUGUGUGAGCUGGACAUCAUCUUUAACUUUGAGAAGGCAUAUUUUAUCUUGGAUGAGUUCCUAAUGGGGGGAGAGAUACAGGAAACAUCGAAACAGUCCAUCGCUAAAUCUAUCGAGGCUUCAGACAUGCUGCAGGAGACGAUGGAAGAGUACAUGAGCAAGCCAGCCUUUUAGCAGCUUCUCCGAGGGAAGCAGCGCUCAUCAACGGAACGAACUACAAGACUCACAAACAGACCAUGGCUUCUAGUUACACUUUUAUAAUCGAAGCUAGGAAAAUAUGAAGUUGCUGUUAAAAGUCUGUAUGUGAAGGAAAUCUCUGAGUAAUACAUCUAGAAGAAACAUUUUCUAUGGUUUUCCAGUCGCAAUUUCAAACGGAACUUUUUAAACGAUAGUUGUUCUUACUUACACUAUUAUGUGUUUAUACAAUGCAUGUCUGGUAUGUUCACUACUACAACACUUUUUUUAACCUUAUUCUGCUCCUUUGUUACUUGAAUAGGUCUAUUUGAAGCAGAAAAAAAUACAGACAGCAGAGAACUUGAGUAAAGAACACUCUACAUGUUUCUUAGCAACACCUAUAGGACUCCGUUUGC